CUGUUCUGUCACCGCGGGCCGAUUACACAAUACGUCAUUGCCAUGGAGUGGCUAUUCUUAUAUUGCUUUAUCUGUUGCUUCUGGUUACUAAGUGGCAUGGAAAGCUUUAAGAUAUCUAUGUGAAGGAAGGCAAGCGAAAGCCUUUUAGUGCGUCAGAGGAGGUUUGAGGCGCCAUACACCUCUAGCCGAUCUGGGUGGACGGUUUCACCACCAAAGAAUUGUAAAGGAGCUAGGAACAAACUCCACCGUCCGACAUGAGGUCCAACAAGACCCACCCUCAGAGGAGAAGUUUUGAUGCCAGUUCUAUGGGAUCUACAGUUACCAUGCUGUCAAGAAAAGAAAAAGACUGCUGUGAAGACUGUGGCAAAUGCAAGUGCUGUACAGUGCGUUGUGUCUGCAUCUCAGUCUUUGUGUUUCUGGGUCUGGGAUUCCUGGCUAUGGUUUUGGUUUUAGCCAUCCUGUUUGGCAUUCCACCACGAACCCCAGAGAAUCGGAUCUGCAAAACAGCAAAUAAUCGGACAGGUUUCCUCUGUGAUGACCGAGCUACUUGUGUGUUACCAUCUGCCGUUUGCAACGGAGUGAGCAACUGCUACAAUAGUGAAGAUGAAAACCCACAGAUGUGCAGUAAUCUUCCAAAGAACCUUCCUGCAUUUCUUAUUUUCCAAUGUGCAAAUCCACUGGUAUGGAUUUAUAGCAACCAGGAAUGCGAUGGCUAUAACAACUGUGGAGACUGCUCAGAUGAAGCAGGUUCAUUAUGUGGGUCAUCUUGUCCUGCUGGAUGGAAGCCCUGCACACCUGUAUUUUACCAGUUCUGUCAGUGCAUCCCUCCGACAUUUCGUUGUGAUGGAGUACAGCAUUGCAAUGACUGGUCAGAUGAGAGAGAUUGUUCUCCGUGAAUUCACCAAAGAUAAACAAGCCUACAUUUUGCAAGCUACUUUUAGGGAACUGAUACAAUUUUCCAAAAUGGUGUUUAUUACCAAUAGAAUGCUGCUGUUUUAUAAGAGUAAAACAAAAUUAACUGUUUAGUGUCCCAUAAAUAUUGUAUAUUUUGGGUAAGGACAACAGAAGGUGUGGCUUUGGCUCUCUGGCCCUUGUAUUUGUACAAAUUAGACAAAGUUAAACUGUGUGGCCUAGGAAAGAUCAGAUUGUCUUAACUCAUAUGAUCUCUCGUACUUGCUAACUCCUACUGACGUUAAGGAAAAAAGUAAACGAGAAGUGGGAGUGCCAUUCAUUCACUUUCAGAAGCAACCCUUCCCAUUACAGCCCAUCCUAAUGUGGUCUUAUUUUAUAGAGACUAGGCUGACCCGCCUUUUAAGGCAACCGACUUUUAAGUUGACCACUUCUUAAGGCAAUUCAAUAU